ACUUCUCACUUACCUUCCUUUUUUUUUUAAUUAUUAUUUAUGAUUUGGGUAUUUGUUUAUUUAGAUUAUUGUAUUAAUUGAUUUGUGUUAUCUAAUCAAUACCACCAAUAAAUAUAGAAUGAUUAGACUAAUCACAAAUGCUUACAUGCAUCAUAUUUGAUUUGUUUAAACUGUUGAAAUCAUGGGGUUCUUGGUUAUUGUUGGUUUCUCACAAUCUUUUUUGAUUCAAUUAACUUUAUGUGCUAAAAUAAUUAAGUUUUUUCACAUAAAUCAGGAAUCUUGAAAUUGGGUUGAAAUUUGGAGGAAAAAAGUUAUGUUUUUUGGCUGAGGAAUUUGAUGUGUGGUCUGCUUUGAGCUUGUAAGUUCUCUUUUUUGAAUAAAGUUUGAAUCUUUAUUGUUCUUUCUAUGUUGUAUCUCUGUCUUGUUUCAAAGAAGCAGUGACCACUAUAGAUUAAAGACCUGAUUUGUUGUUUUCCAAUUAAUUGGGUAUAUUAUUGGUGAUAAAGAAUUGAUUCUUGGUUAUUGAAUUUAGGCUUUUGGAUAAAGAAGGAUCUAAUAAUUAUAGCAUAUAUUUUAUGGAUAGUGAUUCUCCUUGAAACAGAAGUUUGGACUUUGGAUCCAUAUUCUCUCUUAUGUCAUAGAUUACCUGUUUGAGUUAAGCUUCUUUUUCAGCUCCAUUGUUUCUCUUCUAAGGGAGAGAAUAAGUGACUUAUUCUGGCUUUUGAAACCUUUUCUUGGCUUUUGUAUUAGUUUAUUUUAGGGGUUUGAAAUUUUGAUUAGUGAUAAGAGAAGAAGGGUAGUAGUGAUGGAAGAGAUGUUACCAACACUUGCUGUAUCAUAUAAACAGGGAAAAUUGAUAUAUGAUGAGUCGGUACUACCUACUCGAAUGGACUUCACCGGAUAUGAGCUGGUACCAAACACAAAGUGCAAGCUUCCUUCGGUGUCCGUUGCUAAUCAGAAUACUAGGGUGCCACGGGAUAAAGCUAACCGUAUGACAGUUGCCGAUUGCCAUGAAAUUAGGAAAGGGAACAAUUUUUCAUCGACUGUGAUAGCGAAUGGAAAUUGUUUGAUAAAUACUGAUGCAAAUAAUGAUAGAUCUAGGGACAACAGUUUGAUUUCACCAACUGAUGAGCUAUUAGGAAAUAUGACUUGUUCUAGUUCUCUAGUGGAUGAGCGUGGCGGCACGCCUGGAGAUGAAGACAAGAAGGUUGGUGUAUCCCAGAAUCUAAGGAAGUCUUAUUCAUGUGAUUUGGCUAAUGAGUUGGUUAAUGAGUCGGAACUUGUAAGUGAUCUUGUUUCCACCGGAAUGAAUGGUGUGGUUGUGGGUGCUGAAGAUUAUAAAAGAAAAUUACCACCAUCCCUCCUUGAGAGUUCAAAUGAGAUGAAGAUAAGUAGGCCAAAUGUCUUUGGUUUUGAUUCUGUGCCGCUUUGGGGGAUCACCACGAUACAAGGAAAGAGGCCGGAAAUGGAAGAUGCAGCAGUAGCUUUACCAAGGUUUCUGAGAAUCCCAUCUCAAAUGUUGAUGGAUCCGCCAGCUUCUCAUGCCCUGAAUCAAACACUAACGGCCCAUUUAUUUGGGGUUUACGAUGGACAUGGAGGCUCUCAGCAGGUUGCUAAUUAUUGUCGUGAGCGUAUCCAUAUGGCUUUAGCACAGGAGAUAGAUAUUGCGAAAGAGGAUUCACAUAAUAAUGAAACUGUUAACUGGAAGGAGCAAUGGUCGAAGGCUUUCUUAAAUUGUUUCUGUAGAGUUGAUGAUGAGGUAGGAGGGCUUGGUAGUGAAACAGACGGUACUGAGCCUGACCUUGCACCUAUUGCUCCCGAAGCAGUUGGAUCUACAGCUGUAGUUGCUGUUGUUAGUCCAACCCAUAUUAUAGUUGCAAAUUGUGGUGAUUCAAGGGCAGUCCUUUGUCGGGGGAAAUUACCCAUGCCGUUGUCCAUUGAUCAUAAACCAAAUAGAGAAGAUGAGUGUUCACGAAUAGAAGCACUGGGAGGGAAGGUCAUUAAUUGGGAUGGACAUCGCGUUUCUGGUGUUCUUGCAGUUUCAAGGUCAAUUGGUGAUAGAUAUUUAAGGCCUUAUGUGAUUCCAGAUCCAGAAAUGAUGUUUGUACCCCGAGUAAAAGACGACGACUGUCUUAUUUUAGCGAGUGACGGUCUUUGGGAUGUCUUGACAAAUGAAGAAGCUUGUGAGGUGGCAAGGAGACGAAUUCUUCUCUGGCACAAAAAGAAUGGUAGUACAUUGACCAACGAAAGGGGUGAAAAUGUCGAUCCUGCUGCUCAAGAUGCUGCAGAGUACUUAACACGACUUGCUCUCCAAAAGGGAAGCAGAGACAAUAUAUCUGUGAUUGUGGUCGACUUGAAGGCGCAGAGGAAAUUCAAGAAGAAAACGUAGCACUAAACCAUCCUCGUUAGUUUCCAUUUCAUUUUGUCGACGUAGCACUGGUAAGCUACAACCCACCAUGUUGAUCGAAUUACAUAGUAUUACUGCAAACUGUAGCUAUCUUUAUAGGCUGUCUUUGUGCACGAUUAGCAGUAUCGCACUUAAUAUUACUAAUGUUGGAGUAAACUACGAUGAAAGUUGUUCUAACAAUAAAAAUUCAGCAAAGUUGGUUCAAAGAACAACUACUGACUUCCAGCAGACAAUUUAUCUUCCUGCAGUGUAAUGUGCUUCAUGUCUAUAUAACCAGACAAGUAAAAGUGUUGUUGAGGUAAUCCUUUGACUUCCAUUUUCUCUUACCAUUUCUCAGCCUAUUUUUUUAAUUCCUUUUUUUUUUUUUGAGUUUUAAUGGAACGUUGUAUGUUGUAUAAAAACUGAUGUAUGUUUUUAAAAUUCAAUGUAUGAGUAUUUAUAUGUUUCUUAUUCAA